AUGAUUUAUUAUAGAUUAUCAAACGAGUAUUACGGUAACUUGAAUGUCACUGUUCGCCGCAAUCAGUAUAUCUUUGGGUAUCCUUGCGCCGAUUCUUUUGGAAAUUGCAGUCCUUAUACAGUUGAGUUUUCGAAAGGAACAUACAAAUUUGAAGCUUGGGGAUCAUCAGGAAAAUGGGAGUUUGGUCUUCCUGGUUUUGGAGGAUAUUCGUCUGGAAUUUUAAAUAUCAACGAGAGUCUUACACUUUAUCUCUUUGUUGGAUCCAUUUCAACAUUUAACUCAAUGUUGUACCCUCCAAAUUACGGUAUUUAUGGCGGGGCUUCAACCGAUAUUAGAUUGAAUGUCAGUUCAAUUUUUGAAUGGUUUGAUGCGCUUUCUCUUCGGUCACGAAUUUUGGUUGCUGGGAGUGGAGGAAGUGCAGAAUGA